AAAUUAAACGGUAGACUGCACUACAUUUUUAAUUAUACAGUCGAUCGAUUUUCCAACGCAUUUCGCUCUGUUCAACGUUCUUGCGAGAAUAUGUCGGGAAACAGGCAGUUUACUUGGCAAGAGCUUGCCAGUAUGAAUCUGGAACAUAAUGCACACAUCGCAAUUAACGGGAAGGUAAGAAAGGCAUCGAGUUUUUUACUACGUUAUUUCGCUAAAACUUCAAUUACGUGCAUACAAUAUCUUAUGGAUUACGAGGGACACUGAUAGUUUGCUGCUGCAGUACAUCCCUAAAAUGGGGUUCGGAAAUCAUUUUGAUUUAAUCGGUCAAAAUGAAAGUAUUGCAGUUGGAUGUUUGCAAAGUUUUCUUAAGAGCACUGUCGAACGAGUUUUGAUCAUCACUUCUGAAUAUUUAACACCUUAUGGUUGAUUGAAUUCAAACCCUAAACCAUAACCCUAAUCCUGGUGAAUAUUAAUCACCCACACUGAAUGAAGCAUUUGCAUGUCCGCAAGCUAAUGAACCAUCAAAACAUCAUGAUAUUUGCUAAUGUUUUGCUGGACCCAAACUUGCGAUGAAGAACGGACUUUUACAAGCAAACAAACAACAGAAAACAAAAGAUGCAGUUGAAUUUGCUAUACAGGCAAGUGAUUCGUUAAGACAUCAAACAAUCAAUGCAAUCAGGAACUGCUUUUGAAAGCUGUAUUGUAUUUCCUGAUAAUUGUUUUAAUAGUUCUGCAAUAUGCAAAUAACAGCAAAUGUGACAGAAAACAGGGAAUAAGGUGAACCCAUACAUAGACACGCUAAACAAUAGGCUGCAGUGAGAGAAAAGACACGCCGGCUUCGGAAACCAUCUUUUUGUCAAUAGGGCAUGUUUUUCGGUUAGCUCUGUGCCAUUUCUUUGUGAAGGAAAAUUUUUUACCGUGUUGCUAGCAGCACACUAGUUGAGAUAAAGGCUUGAGCAUGCUACACAAAAGCUGUCGUGCCAGCCGUUGUUUUGCCUAUCAAAUAUUCGCACAUCCAUGAGACUGAUGACAUGCUUAGCGUGCUAUGUCAUUGCAAGCGUGCUCGUGACAGCACCUCUUUCCUUUUUUUCCGAAGUACUGGUCUGUGUUUGUACAACCCUCUACAGUGUAGAGGGUUACAAACACAGAUCAGUACUUCAUAGCCAAUGAAAAUCUUUAUGAAAAGAUUCUAAGUAUCUGAUCUGUAAUUUAUGUUCUUAUUUUUAUCCUCUCAUUUUUUUCAAUCAAUUUAAUCACAUCUCUAAGUUGUAAUAAAGUAUAAUAAAUUGCGAUUUGCCUCUGUGAUUAAACCAAGGGUCUAUCGGGGAAUUUAAAGCCUCUUUUAUCGAGGUGGUCCACCAUCACGGCUUUCGGCAAUCGCGACUUAUUGUGCGACUCUCUGCUGAAAAGUUACACACAGUCCACAUUUCAUACACCAGCAGAACUCCCGGCUGUUACAGUCGUAAUGUGAGCUGACACGCAUUGACUCUUAAAAUGUCUCAGGAAUGCCUCAUAAACACCGGAUGAAAUUUUGGUGUUUUGCUUCUUCACACGGAAGAGAAGAAAGAAGAAGAGAUAUAGGCGUACGUGUUAACACUCAAUGUUAUGGAUGAACGUGUUCAAACAUAUUGCUUAUGCACAAUCCGCUAUAAACGUCGCAUUCACAUGUUCGUGGUCGCUCUUAUGGUUAUGGUCUUUGUACGAAAAGACCUUUUACUGGUGACUUACUACACUACACUGAUCUGGAAGGGGAAUUGGAUUUCAGCGAGGAAAAGUAAAUUGAAUAGGUCACGAAAUAGAUGUUUCAAGAUAACUCAAAAGCGUAAUGGAGUCAUCUUGCUUAUUUCAACGUGUACGCUUGGCAAUUCAAAUGAUAAUUUGUAUGCUCAAAAUGCUUUGAUAUUGAUUAUUAACAGCUCGUUCUUCACUGUAUUUUGGGGUCUGCUGACUCGCUGAACUUAAGAAGUUAAACUUUUGGCCCCGAGGGUAGGAUGUACAGCACGCAUCCAAAUCACGCAAAUUAUAUGUUUGAUUGAAUUCUCGUUUCUUAUCUUCUUCCUAAGGUUUAUGAUGUGAGUAAAUUCCUUGCUCGUCACCCUGGUGGUAAAGAUGUCUUGUGUAUGGCAGCAGGAAAGGAUGUUACCAUUGUUUUUCAGUCGUAUCAUGUCUUCAGCGACGUUCCACCCAAGUAAGCUGUAAUGUUGCAAUUGAAAUAAAAUAUAUAAUAAGCUCAACUGUCUUCAAGGAGAUGCAAAUGAAAUCUCGGAGUUUAUUGCUUUACGAAACAUUUGUUACAAAGUAAUUAAGCUCCCGUAGUGUUCAAAUGAACGUUAAUUAUCAUGUCAACUCCUAUUUUCAUGACGGAAUAUUUCCUAAAGUAUCUCACAAAUAUUCGCUCUUGCUAAGGCUAGUCCCAGCUGAUACCUUCGUACAAAAAUAGUGGGGGUGCUGUUACUGUUCUUUCCAGCUUCAAACACAGAUUUUUCUCUCACUUAAGGCGUUCAGGACUGAGCUCCCAUUAUUUUUCUUGCGAUGAAAUGUUCAGUGUUGCAAGCGGAGUCAUUAAAUUCCUUCAUUAUGUCAGGCAAAACGUGAUCAGCAUUGACAGAAGGUGCGACACCAUCCACAAAAUCACAAAGAGUUCUUAUGGACUGCUAUUAAAAAAGGUACAUCUUACAGGAUCAGUUAUCCUCCAUCCAUGGCCAGAUUGGUUUAAAUCUUCGAGUGGCUUUCUCGUACUCUUUUUAGCCCUUUCCUAUCUUACCAAGCGAGAUGCGUGGUCCAUUAUGCUUAACAGACAUCAGCUCCAAGAGCUUAAAUCCCAGUGGUUUAUGUGUAUCACUCUCAAGUAAGCCAAUAAAAGCUUAUGGAAAGAGUAUGUCGAAGAGAUUCUGCAAUGUCCAAACGAAGCUUCGGCGACAUGUCGCGAACAUAAUCAAUUAACCGUGUAAAGUACACGGAGUGUAACAUCUGUAAAAUGAUGUGGCGACAUGGGUGCGGCUUUUACGUCAGAGAAACACCAGUCUUGCAUCGUGAUGGCAGUUUUUCCUUAUCUAGCAAUCUAAUAUAGGGCUGCUAUUAACAGGCAUGUUAUCAUGAUGACUCUGUGUUUUUUUCCUAGAAUGCUAGACAAGUUCUAUGUUGGUGAGUUGGUUUCCACGCAGUAUCCCACUUUCCCAGAACCAGGGUAAGUUAAAGGUUAAACCGCGGUCAAGGAAAAUCUGUACCUAUAAGAAAAGAAAGAGCAAACAGAAUAGCACAAAACUUGAUGGUGAUAAAUCUUUCCACUUUAUGAGGAGGGGGAGCACCCGAUAUGCCAGUGACCACAGAUGUUCUUGGUGUCUUUUUUUUGACAGGGCUUUUUACAACACAGUAAGAGAAAGAGUCCGGAACCAUUUCGAGGACACAAAACAGGUAACGAUGCAGUUGCGAAGACUUUAUAGACAUAGAAAUUGUCUGAGAGGAAAUUUGUGCUGAUCCGUCAAGACAAUCCAUUGCUCUAAAAUAAUUGCUCUCUGCAGCCCUUUAAAAGCCCUGUGACAGCCCUCUGAUAGUCCUUUUCAGAAGUACCUUGAAGCAUUUUUUGGCCUGGAAAAUUAGCCUAGCAUCUCUACCAAGAAGAUUCAUCUUUCAGCAGAGUUGCAAAAAAAUAUGAAAAGCUGGGAAUAUUGUGGAAAAGCUAUGUAGGAAGAUGAGAUCUGAUCAUGAUGUUGAUAGCAAUCCAGUACUUAAAAAGAGAGUCCUCGAACUCGUUUUUGAGUUACAGGCUCAUAACGCUGAAAUAAGAGAUGACGUUUUAUAGGUCUCGACUGCUCAUUGCUUGUUAAGAAAUAAUCGGGCAUAAUUAUUCUAACGAAAAACGAAAGCAGUAAGAGGCAAUGAUCCAUGAUAGAAAUGGAACUUGGUAAAUAUGCGAAACCACUUUGCAAGAGUUGCUAGUUCAAAUUAAAACGUUUCCUUUCAUCGCUCUCGCUGUUGAAAAUACCGGCGCCACAGCUUACGAGCAACAAAAAAAUUGUUGUGUUUUCAGUCUUCUUAGAAACGGUCAUUUUGAUAUCUUGGUGGCCUGAUAGUCUUGGCUUGAAAUCCAGGCCGAGAAACCUGGGCCCACGCCCUGUGAUGUGUUCGUGGGCAAGUCACUUUACUCUCACGGAAACCUUCUCCAGCACGAUCAAAGAUCUGUUACUUAGCGAAAUCCUGGGGUGAGGGAGUUAGGCGGACCAGCCUUACAUUAAAAGGAAGUGUGAAGUCUGCUUGUCUCUUCAUACAAAUCGGUGUAAGCUCCCUCUAGACGGGCAACAAACUCGUUAGCCUACCUAACUUCUUUAGUUAGCCCUUCCAAAUCAGGCAAACAGAUCACCCAUCUCAUCUUAACUACGACAUUCUCAAAACCAACAAUUUCAGGUAAUGGAAAGAAACUUGGAUUUCAAAGAGUUGUUUGUAGAGUUCUCAAAUGACUUUUGUUUCUAUGCAUUUGUGAUAGGAUCCAAAGAUCUCGGGAUGGAUGUGGUUGAGGUACUUUCUCGCGGCAGCGAUGACGAUCAUUCUGUGGUUUGCACAGGUAACGGUUUUUACUCAUAAAUUUUUGAUCCUGCAGUCAUUAUUAUUCUUGUUAUCGUUAUCAUCUACUGAACGAGUGGAAGAAUUUAAAAUAGACGGAUACUGACAUGGAACACAUAUGGCUAAAGUUUGAGGGAGUCCACUUACUAAAUUCUCAGUUUGGAUGAAAUUGUCAUCGAUAGUGGCUAGAUCUAUUGGUCCUUGAUUUUUCUUGAACUGCUUGUGCUGAAUUUUUCCAUUUAGAUAUUCUUGUCCACACAAAAUUUCUUCUUUGCUUGUGUUGCGGGAUUUUUCCAUGGAUGGUUCAUUGCCUUAGGAGCCAUGUUCAGCUCUCACGAUGCAAGGUAAAUAAAAGAAACGCUGUAAAGCAGUCCCUUAAAAACCAAAGGAGAACCACAAGGGAGAGACCACACCACUAUUAAUUAUGAUAGGCCAUCACUGAAUACAAAAUAAGUUAUUUCACCACGGACCCAACUCACAGUAAAGCAGAAACCGCUACCUUCUCUAAAUAUAUUUUGAAGCCAAGCUAGGCAACAAUGGCUCUAUAUCGUUUUCUCCCAGUAGCGUUUCUCUGCUGAAAAAAUCAGCUACGACUAUUUGGUGACGGGUUAUUUGUCAAGUGAUCAUUUAUAAAGUACUCUAGACCGCUCUGGAAAACGAAAAGUGAUUCUGGCGGUAGACAUACGUUACCUUUAGAAAAUUCUAAACGGUUCUAAGCCUUGCGGUAAAAAGUUUUAAUCAUAUUGUUGGAUUUAUAAUUUUUAAAAUUUGUGAAACGCCUUGUUCACAGUUACUCUCCAUAACGUAGGGAAUUUCAGCAAAAUAUAUAUUUUUCAAGAAUUCUAGAACUGUUAAUGCUAUAUGUACAUGAAAUAGUUUUGCUCAGUUCGGCUGCAAGCUGGUUUAAAUGUCGGCCUCAUUUGCCUAAUUUGACAAAUCGGAACAUUUAAUUAUAUCGACGUCCACUCUUGAAAUCUAACGGAUAUUUCUUUUCAUGUUACGUUUCAGCCAUUUUUCUGUGACAAGUAAUCCUCUUGUAUGGAGACUGGUUGGCCAUGUGGUUGACUUUAUAAAUGGAGGGUCAUAUUACGUUUGGGUAUUUCAGGUUAGUACUGAAAGUUUAUAUAUAAGCUCGAAGGUUGAGCUUAACUUGAAGGGCCGGUCAUUUUAACAAAUUUUAGCCGUUGUUUAAACGCGCUCCAAGCCAUGUUGAAUUUGGUCGAACUUUUUAUCAAAACGUUUAUAUUUGUGAGCAGUGUCAAGGGAGCCGAAAACUAAUAGUGGAAGGAGAUUCAGUUAAUUAAAUCAACCCUCCUACAGAGAAUCCCUGAGGCUCUCUGCUUACGUAAAAACCGCGAUUUGGGUUAGACCUCGUCAAAAUAACCGGCCUAAAAGUUUUCAAGUUAGAGCUGUCCGGGUCGUGACUUCAGUUGUUGUGACGCCACCCUUAAAAUCACAGAGGUUCCUUUUUGGUUCAACCCACGUUGCCAAACAUGGCUCUCAUAUAAUUUUAGACUGGUAGUUUCAGAAAAGGUUCUUUAAAAACAUACUCCCAAAAAUUGUAAUUAGCAGGCAUGCUUUAAUUACGCAUGGCUCGAGGCAUGGUUCUAUCUAGGAAUGAAUUUAGACCUCAAUACAAUCUUGUCAAUUUUUUGGGGGGGAGGGGGGGCAAAACGGACUCCAUCGAGUUAUUUUUUACGAUCUCCACUUUUUCGAUGAAGAUAAGACAGUUGACGAUUUUGAAGAAGUAUUAUUUACUACAUUUAUAGUUAGUAUAAUGAUAUGAAUUCUUAUUACUCAGCAUGUAUUUGGUCAUCAUCCGUUUACUAACAUCGAUGGGGUCGAUCCUGACAUCAGCACUGCAAAAGAAGUAAUCAUUUGAUAUUAAGACUAUCAUGUGCCUUGCUUUGAGUUCAUUGUUGAGUUCCUGAUAUAUCGUACUUCUAAUUUUAUACAAUAACAGAAUAGUGAAAUCACUUAUUUUCAGAAUAGCAUGCUACAUAUAAUUUUUGUCAGUUUAGCUUAUCAUCUGGGAAAGAAAACAAAUUAAAUUUGAUCAUUCAGAUUGUUACAAAGAAAUUCUGAUUUCUUAGCGUUUUGAACAAAAUAAAUAUUUGUUUGAACUGCUUAAAGGGGUAAAAGUUACAGGGUUUGACUACAAAAGGGAAGCAAAUUGCUCUUAUUUCUAGGGGUACAAAUUGAGUAAUUUGAGAACAAUUUUGAUUACGCGUAACUUGAAUAAAUAAGCGACGUUGACGUCCUUCAAUACCUCGAUUGUAAGUUGUGAGCAGUUCAUGGCAUGCUCUUUCAAACUGCAAAAUGGAAAGAAAACUUUUCUAACGUUAUCAACAUAGAUAAAGCGUAUUUGGACAUAGCAUCAUGAUAGAAAGCCAAACUUUUUAAACACAUAGGGCCUUGAUAACGUUUAAGACCUGUAUCAUUCACAAAUGGUGUUCAAUUCUCAACAGAAGCCGGAUAUGAGACGAAUCAAAUGGAGCCAGAACUGGUUGCCUCGAUACUUUAACCAGCAUGUAUAUAUGCCUUUAAUAUACUGCUUGGUAAGUUAAUGAAUUACGUUUCAGAAGGCUUCCGUGAAAGUUAUUUACUUGCGCUCACGUUUCUUGAGACAAGGAUCCAAACCUCAGUUAUAACGAACAUAUUACUAAGAGUGUUUCAAACUGUCUAUUUGAGUAAAAACAAAUCAAUAGAAUUAAGCAUCUUUUAGAUAGAAAAACGCUGUUGCUACUUAUAACUGCCUUCGUUUUGAGCAAAUUAUUAUAUUGCCCAAGCGUCUAGAGCAAUAGUAACAUUAACAAAUUACAAAAAGUUUAAAACUUUGUUGGACGAAUUGUUCUGGGACUUAAAAAAUAUGACCAUAUCUCCGAAGGACUAAGAUCAUCGAAUUGGCUCCCUAUUAAAAAUAGACUUACUUUGAAUGAUGCAACUAUGGUUUUCAAGUGCAUAGAUAAUCUUGCUCCAGAUUACCUUGCAAAUAAGUUUAGGCUACGCUCUUGUGUUCAUGGCAGGCAAACUCGAUCAGCUAGUACCCUUGAUAUACCUUUUUACCGUCUUUCAACUGGUCAGAGGUCUUUUGCUUAUAGAGGACGAAACUGUGGAUCUCAUUAAGCAGCAAUCUUGUGUGUUUAUAAUGUUCCAAGAAAUUUAAGCGUCAAUUUACUGAGCUGCUAUUAGGUUUACUUCAUUAUUCAAUAAUUUUAUUCUUCUGAUAUAUAUAUAUUUAGCUAUAGCUAUAGUUUUAUAUUCUUUAAUUUUAGUUUAUUUCUUUCAACCAUUUGUAUUGAUGCUGAAAACCCCAUUCAGGGAGCUUCAAUAAAAAUCUGUAACUGUAUCUGCAUUAACGCUAUGCCUCUUUGUUUGCAACAGCUGGCCUUCAAGACUUAUCUUCAGGAUUUCACUACAUUCAUAUCCCUGAAAAACAGUGAGUUCAGGACUUCGCUUAAAUAAAUAUUGUUUUUAAUUUUUCCUGAAUAUGGCAUAUUAUUAAGAAAUAUGCUACUUGUUAAAAAAAAUACCUUGGAUGAUUUUUAGAGGAGAAACAAUCUCUUUUAACUUGAGCGCAGGCGAGAGAGCGAUUUUAAUGGUAAGCUAGGAUUCAAAGUGAAAAAAAAGACCAAACAAACAGUCGGCCAUGAUAAGUCAAAAGAGAUGUGUGGGGGAAGGGGGCUCCUACAAUCCCCACUUUCGCUCAAAUUCAAGGUGGCAGCACAUUUCGGGUCGAUCAUAACCCGUUUACUGCAAUUGGUAUUUCCUUUUUGGCCUGAUGCAGAAAACUCGUACUGUUUUGUGAAACAGACUCAUAUUGGCUAUCUCAGAUAAAAUGUACUAACAUUGAUAAUUUUACAACAUAUUGAUUUAUCGUUCUGUUCAAUUUUUUUUCAGGUACCAUGCGGCUCAAUCCACCCUCAAAAUCUCAUGUCAUUUUAUUUUUUAGUGGAAAACUUUUCUUUUUCAUGCACAAGGUGAUUCUCCCCUGGAUGUUGCUCUCAUUUUGGAAAAUGGUAAGCUUCUGUUUGUUUAUUACUCUUAACUUAAUCUAUAUCUCGUCACAAGCUGAAGCUGACCUAGCUUAGCUAUUGGAGAUAAAGUGAGAAUGAAGAGCGUCGACGAAAAACUGCAAUGGUACAAUGACAAUCUAAGACGCGUAGGGACACUAUCUUUGAAUCCGAGAGAUCAGGAAUUCAGGACUUAGAGCCAUCGAUUUCAUGACGCAAUUGACUAAAGGAAACGAAAACAAGUGGCAGUCGUGAAAUUGUUAAAACUUGUUAUAUUAUAUAUUCAAAAUAAAUGAGAAAAUAUUUGCAAAUUAAGUUUUCCGAUUGAGUGUGCUCUUGUGGUUGGGUAAACUUGUACAAUGUAGGCGGACAAAAAGCAGCAUCAGGGAACUUGGACAACCUUUAGUUAGAUAGAUCUCGAAAGGGCAUUCUUAUGGUUGUAGGACUUUUUGUCGAAACGGUGCGAUCAACCUGUCCCUUGCUAACUCUCAUUUGUAUUUCUUUUUCUUCAAAUGCUAGGCUGCUCUUUUGUUUCUCGCUGAGAUAGCAACUGGUUAUUGGUUGGCUCUUAUAUUUCAGGCAUCUCAUGUUGUUAGUGAGGUAUGUGUUUGAAGGUGCUCUACAGAUUGAAGUUUUAUUUACAUGAAACGAUACGUAUGGCUUUUGUCGUCGUGAUAUCGUUAUUGGAGAACAAGAAUACCACGGCCGCUCGGGUAACUUAAGUUAAAAACCUGGAAAGAGAAGAAAACAUCUGAAAAUUUGACUUCACAUACCGCCAUAUGUUUAAGUUAAAAUCUGAAGAUUUUUCCAUUUCUGUUUAAAUAUGUUUCAUUUUCGGGGGAUAGGUUCGUCUUUCAUUUCAGCUGAUGCUUCACCAAGGAUUGGUAUUUAUCGCCACCUAACGUCAUAUCACUAAAGACACAGGCAAUCUUCUUCACCUGAAAAUGAGAGGCUAAAUUUGUGCUGUUACUAACAAACUUUUCAGGUUGAAACAAAUUUUUUAAAAUAUUUUUUUUCUGAUCGUGCACCACCUCGUAAUUUACAACUACAUCUGGUUUAAAUGAGGUAUACCAAAUGCGAUCGCACACAAAAAUCAUCCAUUCCCCUUUUUCUGUUUUAAUAUCCAGGUCGAAUGGCCUCAGCCUGAUGAAAAAGGAGUAAUGAAAAGGGAUUGGUACGUAUCUCCUCUCUGUUAACCUGUUAACAAAGAGAUGAGGCACAUUUCAACAAUAUUGGUGACUGUUAAUAACGCUCACCAGAGACUUUCGUGUUAUCUUUAAGGGCAGAGCUUCAGAUCGAGUCAACAUUGGACUAUGCAACAGACAGUUGGUUCUGCAAUGUUUUUACAGGUGAUGUAUAGAAUCCUUCUAGUUAUGAGAGUUGUAAAUAAGGUUUGUCUGCACGAGUUUUUGCCAUCCCAAUUGGCUGGCUGUUUUUUUGUUUUGUAUUGUUUUGUUUUGUCCCUGAAACCAGCUUUGUUUGUAAGAGUGUGAGCAAAAAUGUUCAUAUCGGGCAUCUAGGGCCAGGUCAAUUACCUUUGAUUCUAUUAUGCAUCAGACAAAACCCUUCCAGUAGUUAUUUCGCGAGUCAUGCCCGUUAUACACGGUCUAGAUUCUUUUACGGUUUCCAUUCAUCAUUUGUGUCAUUCAGUGCCGUUUAUAUAAUAUAAGACAGUCUCAUGCGGGAGCUUAAUCAUGCACAUUUAACAUAACCAACCAAUCAUCCUUUCCCUUAUUUUCCAGGAGCUCUUAAUCAUCAAACAGCCCAUCACCUCUUCCCGGGCGUGUGUCAGUUUUACUAUCCUCAGAUUACUCCCAUCGUCCGUGAGACGUGUAAGGAGUUUGGGGUGAGGUACAAUUACAAGGAGACCUUCCUUCAGGCGCUUGGUGCUCAUAUUUCACAUCUGAAAGUACUUGGACAAGAGCAGGACAGACCAAUUGUCACCAGGCCUGAAGUAAAGGCGGGGUGA